AAGUCCGUUCCAGACCACCAGUAAUGAGGCCUACAAUGUAGUGAGAGGGACUGGAAGGACAGCUGAAGUUGAAUAUGAAGUACCACAAAACCUUCCUCCACCCACCUCCUCGUCCCGACCUGCAGCUGGAGACCACUUCUAUGAACCUGUCUGACACUGACACUCUGUGUGUAUAAAUGACGUGUAGCUGAAGUAUUAUUGUUUGUCUUCACCUUUGUUUUUACUCGUUUUUUAAGAUUGCUCUUUCAAUUGCUAUUUGACAUAGUUUUUGUAUCACUCGUAGAAGAUACACUGUGUCAACCACCCCACACCCACUAUGAUAACAGUAGUACAAAUGGAAAAUGAACACACAGGAGUCAAGAACAGAGAUCAGUUCCCGGCUGAAGUGGUGGAGGCCUACAAGUACACAUUCUCCAGGCCCGGAGGGCUCACUGGACCCAUUAACUACUAUCGUGCCAUGUUCUCAUCUCCCAAGGACAGCUUGCCUCGUAACAAGUGGACAAUUUCUGUCCCAACUCUCAUCAUAUGGUGGCAGAGAGACACCUCACUUGUCUGUUCUGAUCUGAAUGAUGAUGGUAGUAUCACUGUGACUAGCAGUAGUUUCACUGGACAUACAAUAACUGGACUAGAGCCAGGCAAUAGGUACACCAUCACUGUGACAGCCUCUAAUGGAGCUGGUAGUGGUCCUGUCAGUAACACGGUGACUGUAAUGACUGAGGAGGCAGCUCCCAGUGGUGCUCCUGGCUCAAUCACUCUAGUUACAGUCACACCAAACAGUGCCACUGUCCAGUGGGGAGAGGUGACUUGUCGUCCCAGAGAAAUGGACUAAUCACGAGCUACACAGUUGCUGCAACCAACUUAGGUGGAAUGGAGGAAGGAGAUGCUAGUGCCUAGUGUAUCUAAUGUAGAUGCUAGACAGGCCUCAAUCUCUGGAUGACUCCAUCCACACAGUA